AUGAUCGGUUGGAAUCCCAACACUGCGUCCUCGGACGAUGAAUAUGGCAAUUCCCCAGGCAUCGACCAUGAGUCUGUUGAUCCUCUUUUUCACGAGCCUUCUGAAGAAAACGGCGCUGCGACCGAAAUACUGCCUCGAGACCAACUGCAAAAAACCGCUACCUAUGACUAUGCCUUCGAGAAAUCGCUAAGCCACGCUGAAGCAAAGCUAUUCUAUCAGCACCACCAGCAGGCAUCUAAAGGCAACGAGAACCAAGCUUCAACUAGCCCAGUCAUGGUCGCACGUACUGCCGCUGAUGCACAAAACGACGGCCCCUCGAUUCCGACCAAUUCCACGCCACUGCAUCCAAGCCAGACAGGCCGCAAAGCAUCUAUGAUUCUCGAGCCAGAAGAACCUGCAAGUGCAUCAUUACCGCAAACAGCGGACGGUUCAGCCCAGAGUAACCCCAGCAUUGCACGCCAUAUCGGGCCAGAUCAAUCUUCACCCUACAAUGGUGUUCUGGGUCAACGACCAUCUCAGGUAUUAGCAGGUCUUGAUACGGUUGGGCUGGGGAUAGUUUCUCAUGGCCCGGGUGGGGAUGCCGUUACGGCUGAAUUGGGGGUGAUCUAUCGCAAGAUCCAGGACUUGUUGGACAGACGUCACAAGUAUAUGGCAUUUUCACUCCAAAGACCAGCCGACGAUCCUCGAGACCACCCAGGCUGGCAAAUCUAUCCUCCACCGCCCGAACCUUCCUGGGAUGACGGCAAAGAAUAUCAACGGGAUAAGGUUGGCGGACCGGCAGAUAUCGAGGGAAAAAGACGGAAGAUGGGCCAGGACAUUGGCGAGGACUUUGACAUGGAUGAAUUGAUGCCUCUGCCUGAUAAGUGCUCCUGGACCUAUCGGCUGGAUAGCAAUAGUGUCUAUCAGGUAUUUGAGUCUGACACUGCGGCGGAUCAAAAAGCUCCGAUUGUUGAGAUUCCGUCCCUGCGAGAUUUUUAUAUGGACCUAGAUGCCGUGGUUGAUGUUUCCACUGACGGGCCUGCAAAGAGCUUUGCCUUCAGGCGUCUGUCUUACCUGGAAGGCAAAUUCCAGCUGUAUACCUUGCUUAAUGAGUACCAGGAAAUUGCAGACAGCAAGAAAGUGCCACAUCGAGAUUUCUAUAACGUGCGAAAGGUGGACACCCACGUACAUCACUCCGCAUGUAUGAACCAAAAGCAUCUGCUACGUUUCAUCAAGAGCAAAAUGCGCAAAUCCCCUGACGAGGUGGUUCUUUUCCGUGAUGGAAAACAUCUCACACUGAAGGAGGUUUUCGAAAGUAUCAACCUCACUGCCUACGACUUGAGUAUUGACACCCUUGAUAUGCACGCACACACAGACUCCUUUCAUCGGUUCGACAAAUUUAACUUGAAAUAUAAUCCGGUCGGAGAGUCUCGUCUUCGAGAAAUAUUCCUCAAGACCGACAACUACAUCAAGGGCCGCUAUCUGGCGGAGAUCACUAAAGAGGUCAUCUCGGACUUGGAAUCCAGUAAAUACCAGAUGGUGGAGUGGCGUAUAUCGAUAUACGGGAGAUCAAUGGACGAGUGGGACAAGCUGGCAGCUUGGGUGGUAGACAACAAGCUAUUUUCUCCCAACGUUCGCUGGUUGAUUCAGGUCCCUCGCCUGUAUGAUGUAUACAAGGCAAGUGGGAUGAUGGAAAAUUUCGAGCAGGUUAUCACCAAUGUUUUCCAGCCACUGUUUGAGGUGACUCAGGACCCUGCCAGCCAUCCCAAACUCCAUGUCUUCCUUCAGCGGGUGGUCGGGUUCGACAGUGUCGACGAUGAAAGCAAAGCAGAGCGUCGGCUAUACCGCAAGUAUCCCAUUCCACGUGAAUGGAAUACCAAGCAGAACCCACCGUAUAGCUACUGGAUCUAUUUCAUGUUCGCCAACAUUGCCUCACUGAACCACUGGCCCGGCGAUCCUGACCACCUGGCUGUCGGUUUUCUCUGCUGCCAUAGCAUCAGCCACGGAAUCCUGCUGCGGAAGGUGCCUUUACUCCAGUACCUCUAUUAUUUGGAUCAGAUUGGAAUUGCUAUGUCCCCGUUGAGUAACAAUGCUCUGUUCCUGACAUAUGACAAAAACCCUUGUGCAAGCUUCUUCAAGCGCGGGCUCAAUGUGUCUCUAUCUACCGACGAUCCACUUCAGUUUGCCUUCACCAAAGAACCAUUGAUUGAAGAGUACUCAGUCGCUGCGCAGAUCUAUAAGUUUAGCGCGGUCGAUAUGUGUGAACUCGCGAAGCACUCGGUUAUGCAGAGUGGGUUCGAGCUCUCGUUGAAAAGGAGAUGGUUAGGCUCGGACUGUGAUCUUCCUGGUGUGGCAGGAAAUAAUGUUGCUAAAAGCAAUGUCCCUGAUAUUCGUGGGAUCUUCCGCUAUGAAACGCUGCUUGCCGAGUUGUCAUUGUGA